GCUCUCUCGCUGUUAAAGUUGCACCCUCAUGAAGGAAACACUAAGGUACUUAGCAGGUCUUGCAGGCCCAAGUGGGUAUGGCUCCAAUUCAACUGCUGAGCAAGUUACGGAAGAUUGUUCUCUUCCUUCUCAGCUGACUGCUAUAAUCACUGGGGCCACGUCGGGCAUAGGGGCGGAGACGGCGAGAGUGAUGGCUAAAAGAGGGGUGAGAGUGAUCAUUCCGGCGAGGGACUUGAAGAAAGCAGGUGAAAUGAAGGAGAAAAUCCAGAAGGAGAGCCCAAAGGCUGAGGUUAUAGUGUUGGAGAUUGAUCUCAGCUCAUUUGCCUCCAUCAAGAGGUUCUGCUCUGAGUUCUUAUCUCUAGGACUCCCCCUACACAUCCUCAUAAACAAUGCAGGAAAGUUCUCUCACAAGUUGGAGUUUUCUGAAGACAAAAUUGAGAUGUCAUUUGCUACAAAUUACUUAGGGCAUUUUUUACUAACAGAGUUGUUGAUAGAGAAGAUGGUAGAGACAGCAGCACAAACAGGCAUACAGGGAAGGAUAAUCAAUGUUUCUUCGGUAAUUCACAGCUGGGUGAAGAGAGAUGGCUUUCGCUUCAACCAGAUGCUUAACCCAAAAAAGUGCAGCUACAAUGGCACUAGAGCCUAUGCACAGUCCAAACUAGCCAACAUAUUGCAUGCCAAGGAGCUGGCAAGACAGCUUAAGGCAAGAAAUGCAAGAGUGACAAUCAAUGCAGUGCACCCAGGAAUUGUGAAGACAGGGAUCAUCAGAGAUCACAAAGGCUUUAUCACAGAUUCUCUGUUUUUCAUAGCAUCAAAGCUACUAAAAUCGACCUCUCAGGGAGCAUCAACGACAUGCUACGUAGGACUGAGUAGGAAGACAGAAGGAGUGAGUGGAAAGUACUAUGCAGACUGCAACGAGUGUAGCUGCUCAAGCAUGGCAAAUGAUGAAAGUGAAGCACACAACCUAUGGAGGCAGAGCCGUGCAUUGAUCCACAGACGGUUGCGUCUACCAGCUGCUGCUGCCUGAGACUUGGACUUGAGAUGUGUCCUUUUUCUUCUGUAUAACUCUAUACAUAACAGGAACUCAUCUCUCUCUCUCUCUCUCUCUCUCUCUGUACAUAUUUUUUUUUACAUAUACGUAUAUAAUGUGUACAAGGCAUUGGCAUUUAGUGGUCAAGUACAAAGUAAUAAAGGAACAGUCAGUAUUGUCCUCCCAA